UCAGCCUCCACCAUGAUGACUGCACGGUUCUUCUCAGGGGCUUCCCUCUUUGCUCUGCUGAUUGUGGACAUAUGCUGCCUUCCUGUCAAGAAAGGCUCUGGUCCCGGUGCUUCUUAUGGCGGAGGUUACUCAAACGCUGCUCCUAAUUAUGACUCGUACCAAGGAGCAUCCUCUGGCCAGUAUUCACCUGGAGCUGUUGGGCAUAGCUAUGCUCCCUCUGCAGGUGUCUCCACAUCUUAUGAAGCUGCUCCAGAGCCCAGUGUCCCUCAGCCUGCUGUUCAGAGAGGACCGGCAUCAUCUGCUGGCUCUAGUUCUUCUUCAGGACCUGCUUUCUCAGCAUACAGGGGCAAUCCAAUGAGGCUAAGCCCUGCUAGCUCUGGACAUCCAGGGGCUGCUUUUCAGCUUGGCCCACGAGACAUCAACUGGGCUGUUGCACCUCCCAGUCUCCUCUCUGGAGAUGAGGAAAUGUCCACUGGCGCACGUGCUGUUGCCUCAAGUCAACCUGAGAAUGUGAGUCCACCUGAAUCCAUGUACCAGGCAGGAGAGUUGUCCCAUUUUGAGGAAAGCUUUGAGCAUGGUAAUUCUGAGAGGGAGACUGAGGAACAAGGCUGGAUGCCCCCUCCUCCACCACCUUUUGCAGCAUCUGAAGAGUCUGCUGGAGCUGGCUUCAUCAGCCAGCCUCAACCAGACUCGGGCUUCAUCAGCCAGCCUCAGCCAGAGUCUAACAUGGGUAGAAGCUGGUUCCCUUAUCCUUACUACGACUAA